UCAGAUGCGGGAGACUGACUAAGGCCAUCAGAGAGAGAAAACGAGAGCAGCAUUGCCUUCCCCACCCUCUGUGCACCUCACACGUCUGGCAUGGAUCUGUGUAGCCCGAGCCUGCGUGGAACCGCCCGCGAUUUCUUGGAAUACCGUGGAUUUUUGCCGUGAGCCUGGAGAGCCCUUUUUUCAGGAUGCCCUCCGUCUCUCUGUCUCUGCCCUCCGCUUUGGCAGGGAGGGCCAGGACCUGGGUUUGCCUCUCCUGCAUGUUCUGGCCCGACGAGCUGGAGGGCGUCCACACACACACCUUCAAGCUGAAGCCAUUCAAGAAGGCCAAGAGCUGUGAUAUAUGCAAACAGGCCAUCACCAAGGAGGGCCUCAUCUGCAAAGCGUGCCGGUUGUCCUGCCACAGAAAAUGUGAAGUGAAGGUCACCACAUCAUGUCAAACAACUACCAACAAUGAGCUGCCUCCCACUCCUCAGCUGCCGUUAAAGCAUGUAGAUACGCCGGGAUCUACAAGGUCCUGCAAGAGUGUGGAGAUAAGGCGAAAGCAGUCAGGGAGUCAGAGUGUGGUUCAGGCCAUGGAGGAGAGCUAUGAGGUGGACCUGGUCUACAUCACGGAGAGGAUCAUCUCCGUCUGUUUCCCCGCUGCUGCUGAGGAACGCAGCUACACCGCCAACCUCAAAGAGGUGGCGACGAUGCUGCGGUCCAAACACGGCGAGCACUAUCUGAUUCUCAACCUGAGCGAGUGGAGGAGUGAUUUGUCAAAGUUAAACCCAAAGGUUCUGGAGUUUGGCUGGCCGGAUCACCAUGCACCGGCGCUGGACAAGAUCUGCAGCAUGUGCAAGGCCAUCGACACAUGGCUCAACGGAGACCCGCGGAACGUAGUGGUACUGCACAACAAGGGGAACCGAGGUCGAACAGGGGUGGUGGUGGCGGCGUACAUGCACUACAGCAGCAUAUCCGCAAGUGCUGACCAGGCGCUGGACAGGUUUGCCAUGAGGCGCUUCUACGAGGACAAAGCACUUCCUGUGGGUCAGCCGUCACAGAUAAGGUACGUGCGAUACUUCAACGGCCUUCUUUCCGGACACAUCAAAAUCAACAACAAGCCACUGUUCCUGCAUCACGUUAUCAUGCACGGCAUACCCAACUUUGAAUCCAAAGGAGGCUGCCGUCCUUUCCUGAAGAUCUACCAGGCCAUGCAACCAGUCUAUACGUCGGGAAUAUACAAUGUCCAAGGAGACAGCAACACCAGUAUCUGCAUCACCAUUGAACCCGGCCUGCUUCUAAAGGGAGACAUCCUGUUGAAGUGUUACCACAAGAGGUUCAGAAACUCCACCAGAGAUGUGAUGUUCAGGGUGCAGUUCCACACCUGCGCCAUCCACGACCUCGGGGUGGUGUUUGGGAAAAACGAGCUGGAUGAGACCUUCAAAGGUAACGGCUCUCCGGAUGAAAGGUUCCCAGAAUAUGGGAAGGUGGAGUUUGUUUUCUCAUAUGGACCAGAAAAAAUCAAAGGCCUGGGCCACCUGGAGAACGGGCCGAGCGUUUCUGUGGACUACAACACCCAGGACCCUCUGAUCCGCUGGGAUUCCUACGAGAGCUUCAGCCAGCGCUGUGAGGACACUGUGGACGGCGAGCACGAUGCUGAUCAUACCCAAGGUCCACUUGAUGGAAGUCUAUAUGCCCGGGUCCGCAAGAAAGACUCCCUGGAGGGAGUUGUCACCAUCAACGGCCUCCCAGUCCAUGAAAACCCCUUGACCAAUGCAGAGAAUCCGUUACAACACCCCAGCCAUCCUCUCCAAACCACUGACCAGACCCUUCCUGUGACAGGCCACGCCGCCCUCCCUGCCGUCGACCACACCCUCUCCGUGAGCAGCGACUCAGGCAACUCUACCGCAUCCGUCAAGACUGAUCGUACUGAUGAGCACAGCCAGUCCGUGCAGGGCCCCGUGAACCACAACAACCCAACUGCGACCCACCCACCGCUCAGCCCACAGGAAAAAAGAGAGCUUGACCAGCUUCUGAGUGGCCUAGAAGCACCAACUUACCAACGACAAGACUACCUGUCCACGUCCACCAGUCCAGGAGGAGGUGUCCGGCACCUUGUUCCAGCGCAGGUGCACGUCAACGGGGGCCACACCAGGCUAGUUGGGGCCCCUUCAACAGAGGAGCGUGAAACAGAUAUUUUAGACGACGAGCUGCCCAACAGCCAAGAGGGUAACAGUGUGGACAGCUUGGGCACGCUCUCAUCCCUAGAGGGCCAGGCAACACCAGCUGACCUUUACUACCAAUCACCGACCCCUAACAGCAGGCAGAACGACCAACCCUAUCUUGAGAGAGUGGUUCUUGGGGAAAAGUUAAGCGAGAUGCCCGUGCAUGGAAUACGUACGCCCACGACGAUGCAAGAGAGGUCUGUGGACUCUGCAUCGCCACAGGGGGGAUAUAACAACUACCAGAACGGAGGAGGGAUGUACCGUUCACAGUCCUUUGGGAAUCCGCCAGCCAGCAGCCCUGAGACCAACCCUAAACUGAUGCCCAGGGCCCCAGAGAGGAGCACCAGUAGUCGAGAGGCUGUUCAAAGAGGUCUCAACACCUGGCACCAGUAUAGCCUCCCAGAUGAUCCGUUUGGCCCUCCUCUUCAGUCAACCCAUAGCUUGCCCCACUUCCCCAAUUCAGCCUCGCAGCGGGACAUUGAGCAGUCCAUUGAGGCGCUCAACAUGCUAAUGCUGGACCUAGACCCAAUCAACUCCCACAUGUCCAAGUCCCACAGUGCGCCUCCUGGGGAGAACAGCCUCAGUUCCUCCCAGGUGCCCUUCUCACAGACCCUUGCAAGACCCUCUUACCAAGCAGACUCUGCUAUCCAUGGUUUCAACAACUCUGGGUCUGUCAACAACUCCUUUCAUCAGCCACUGCGGUCAACUGGGAGAGUCUCAACGUUGCCCAAUCAGAGCCCCGUGAUGGAAUCCCCGGUGUAUUCUCCCCAGAGGCCCAACGCCGCCUACCAACACCAAAACACCACCCCGACACACACCCCAGAGCCCUACCUCCAGACACGCCAAGCAGCCCACCACUACCCCACAGAUCCCUCCGCUAAUUUCAACCAGCAGGUGCCAGUAAAGCCUGUGAACUCUUACCAAGGCAGUGUGGUUUCCCACUCCCCGGACCUGCAGGGAUCGUCUCCUUAUCCAGGCUACAGUGCCUCCUCCUCUCCCCUCCCUGUACUCACCCCCCAACCUAAGGAUAUGUCUUCUUCAUCCUUGCCUAGAGAACAAGAAACAGAGGAGGAGACGCUUAACUUGGAGGGCCUUGUGGCUCACCGCAUCGCUGAGUACAACGCUCGUAUUCGGGGCAUCAGUGAAAGCAUGACAUCGCAACAAUCUGACCGCCAUCGCUCCUUUUCCUUCUCUGGGGUUCGCUCCAGAGGAAUGACCCCAGAAGUGACGCAGGAGAUGGGUCGUCGUCGGACCACCAGUGAGGGACAGUACCAGAGCAGCCAUGAUAACAUGUCGAUGGUGGAUUCACCGGACUUCGCCCACAAUCUGGCUCUCAACCCCGGAGGAAGACCCAGAGAGGGUACCAUACACAGCUACCGGGAGGCGUUUCAGGACGACGAUGGGGACAGUCCCAUCUUCGGAGGCGGUGGUGAGAAUUCCCCCCAGACCCCCAGCUUUCCCGUGUCGCCACAGACUCCCUACUUCAACAUGUCUCGCUCUCCUCCAGGUUUGACCAAGACUCCUCUGUCAGCGCUGGGACUGAAGCCCCAUCACCCGGGCGGAUCAGACUCUGAUUCUAAUGAUGGAGAGCAAGAUAAUCGCAGUUUUGGGGACUCCAGAGCACAAGCGUUCAACGUUCCUCUCUCCUCCAGUAGUCCCAUCCACAGCGCUGAUGGAAGGAGGAUUGGUUCUUCAGAUGGCGCCCCGCACAGCCCCAUCCCCUCCUACCCCCACAGACCCGCCUCCCCCGAGGGCUCCCAGGUCAACAUCAUGGGCGUCCACACCAUCCCCGGCAGCCCCAACACCCUCCACCGCACAGUGGCCACCAACACGCCGCCGAGCCCCGCCCUCCAGAGACGCUUGGGUCAAGCCAGCCCCUCGUUGGCCAGACACCCCUCUCCAUCCGGCGUCCCCUCCAGCCCUCUGAUCGGCCGGAAAACAGCAGCCGGCGGCGUGCCUCCCAGCCCCUUGAUGGGGCGCCGCACGGCGGCGAGCGGCCACAGCACGCCUGACGAGCUGGGCGCUGCUUCUCGUCAGUGGAGCGCCCAGCCGCUCUCCACGCCUGCCUUCCCCGUCUCCCCACAGCUGCCGGAAAAGAGGCACAUGUCCAGCGGUGACGCCGAGAGGACGGACAACAAGAACCUGACGCCGACGCCGGCCAGCGGUGGCAGCACGCCAAACCUGUCUGGCACGCACACGCUCCCAGACGUCUCAAAGUCCAUAUAUGAUGGUUAUCCAGACAUUAAGAUGAAUGUCAAGUUUGUCCAGGACACUUCAAAGUACUGGUACAAGCCAGACAUCACCAGGGAGCAAGCGAUCAAUCUGUUGAAGGACAGGGAGCCCGGGGCGUUCGUCAUAAGGGACAGCCAUUCCUUCCGCGGAGCCUACGGCCUGGCCAUGAAGGUGGCCUGCCCCCCACCGACCAUCCAACAGAACAAAAAAGUUGGUGACAUGACUAAUGAGCUGGUGCGGCACUUCCUGAUUGAGACGAGCCCCAAAGGCGUCCGUCUGAAGGGUUGCCCCAACGAGCCCUACUUCGGUUGUCUUUCUGCUCUGGUGUACCAACACUCGAUGACUCCGCUGGCUCUGCCCUGCAAGCUGAUGAUCCCCGCCAAAGACCCAAAUGAAGAGGCGUUGGAGCUGGCCACGCCUACUGAUCCAGUUGUUGAACUUCUGAAGCAGGGAGCGGUUCAGAAGGUUCCUGAGGACGCCCAUGCGUGCAAUGUUCUCUACAUAAACUCGGUGGACAUGGAGUCUCUCACGGGCCCUCAGGCCAUCGCCAAGGCGAUCGGUCAGACACUGGCGACCAACCCUCUGCCUGCCGCGACCACCGUUCACUUCAAAGUGUCCACGCAAGGCAUCACGCUCACCGACAGUCAGAGGAAACUUUUCUUCAGACGACACUAUCCCAUCAACACGGUAACCUACUGUGACAUUGAUCCCCAGGACAGAAAGUGGGGCAAAGAAGGCGGUGGCUCAGUGAAGCUUUUUGGAUUCGUGGCGAGGAAACAAGGAAGCACAACAGACAAUGUCAGCCACCUGUUCGCUGAGCUGGACCCAGAUCAGCCCGCCUCCGCCAUCGUCAGCUUUGCCUCCAAAAUGAUGAAGCGGUGAAACCCCUGACGUCCAAAUGGCAGCGGCCGUUUUGAAAUCUUCCUUCGUCAUUGGUGUCUUUUUUUCGCCAGGACUCGAUGACUUUUUUUUUUUUGUUUCCCGUUUUUUUUGUUUUGUUUCCUUUCUCUCUCUCUCUCUCUCUCUCUCUCUCUCUCUCUCUCUCUUUCUCUCUCUUUUUCCUCUCUGCCUUGCUGGUUUGUCUUGACUUUGGUCUUUUUUUUUUUUUUGGAAGAGUCUCUAUUUAAAAGGAUUUGGCGUGGAUCCAGAGUGGCGCUAGAGGAUGUGCGGUGUGGAGCUGUGAACGUGACAAACGUAAAAGCAAUUUGAAGGGAGAAAAUGUACUAGCAGGGGGGAACCUGUGGAAGAAAAACGCUAGCUAAAAGACUAAAAGGAACAACGCUAAGUUCAGUCGCGGAACAUGUACUGUAAGGACUCGUACGUUUCAGGGUUUUCCGUUUGUCGUUUUUGUUUUUUUGUCGAUUGAUUUACCAAAGGUAGUUGCAAUACAAGUGCAAGAAUGAUGUAGCUAGUAAGCCAUUAUUAUUUCCUCUUUUUAAAAGAUGAAGUGUUACUCCAGAAAAAAAGAAGAAAAAAAAAAAUACAGUUUCUUCUUGAACUUGUCUUCAGGAAAAAAGUUGGCCUUGAUGGCUUUUAGCAAAACAGUGUCUGAAGACCUUAUGCAUGUUAGCUUGAUCUUUAAGCUUGGUUCUUCUACCUUCCACAAAAAAAAAAAAAAAAAAAAAAUCAUUGUGAAAUCCUUAGAGUGGUCAUUUCCGGGUCUGUUGUGUGUUGGAAAGGGCUCUGCAGUGAAACGUCGACUGAUCUAAACUGCGCAUAGCAAACCAGACUUUAAAAAAAACUUUUAAAAAAAAAACAACAACGCCACGCUAAGGUCACUGCACUUUGUGUCAGCGCACACUUGCAUCACCUCGGCCUCCGGUGGUCCAAGCCUGAUCUCUCCCUCUUUCUCUCUCAAACAUAUUGGAUUCCUGGAAUCAGCAAAGCUCCUGAUCGCAUGGCAGACAGGAGAGAGGAAGACUGUUCACUGUCCACGAGAUGGCGCCACUCAUUCAGGCUUGGACCCAAAGUCACAUAGACUUGCCCAUCACCAACUGCUUGCAGUAGUGGAUCAUGUUCAUAGACGCUGCCACUGAAACACACUGGAAAUCACCAGGGACUGGCCCCCAAAUGACCUGGACCUAUGCACUGUUCUUUAUGCAUGUUGUUGUCCCGAAUUGCACCCACCCUCAUAGCUACAUUCAACAUCACUGAAAACAUUCUAAUGCUGUGUGCUAAAAAUGACUUUAAAACCUUUUAGACAAGUACACUGAGGUUGUACGACUUGUCAAAAGACUGCAUGAAAUAGACAACAUUUUUGUACUCUUCUAUGAGUCCCGAAAAGAAGUAGACAACCCAUUGUUGAAGUAGUCACAUGAUGGUGAGAUGCUAUAUUUUUACUUAUUCUUUUCUUUAUUUUUGGUCCAUUUGAGCCAGGGUUACCUUUCACUGUAUCAAGGACAGUCCGGUCUUUGUUUUUCCUUCCACAGUGUCUUUCAAAUUUAAAUUUAGAUACCUUUUAGGGCAAAGAAGAAGAAGAAGAAAAAGAAGAAGAAGAAGAAGAAAAAAAAAAAGGAGUUUCCACACUGUGCGCAAAUGCCUGCUUGUUGAACACAUGCUCAACCAUUCACAAUAAGCUAAGGAAAAUUGAUAUUGAUAUAAAUGUACAUACGUAGAUAUACUACUUUGAAAGGUGACAUAGCGAAAAAGUAUUUAUUUUUGUUGCUUUGGUCCCUCAUGAUUACUCAUAUAUACAUAUAUUGUACAGUCUAGAUAAAGAAGAUUACCUAAUGGGUUGAGAAAAAAAAAAAAGAUAUACUUAUUUUGGCUAAUGAUUUCAAGGUCUGACGAUUUUGAAAUGUGUUUGAAUAUAUGGUGUACAUUACUUUGUACAUGUAUAUGUUUGUUUUUUCGCCUCGUCAUGUUUUUCCGUUCUUAUUUUUUAUUUUUUUUUGCGUUGUCUCAGAACGAGGUAGGGCAUGAAUGAGAUAGAAGCGUCUGAUUUGCAUGGACAGAAGCAUUUUGAGUGCGUUUCAACAGCAGAAACGCGCUCACAGAAGCAAAUGCGUUGUAGCUGAUCUUAAGAUCUUUUAGAAAAGGGAAGCACGAACAAGUUCGGAAGCCAACCUCAAAUGCAAUAUGAAAACAGCUGUAUGCACCCCAUAGUUAACAAGUAUAAUUUUGCCAAAGAUUCAAACAAUUUACAUCUAUGCCGACUGGCUGCAUGUCGCUCUUUUACGUUCAACUGCUACUCAGUUUCCAUUUUUUGUGUGUGUGUGUGUGUGUGCGUGUUCCACACUUCACACACCUCGCUCAGCUUUAGCAGCAAAUGUAAGAAAGUUCAACCCCGCCAGGACACACAGAAAUGUGUGUGUUAUAUUGGUCGUAUACAGUCAAGUAGCGCAGGGGCCCUUGGGUUUACACAGCGAGACAUUCAGCUGCAGAUGACGAAAGCAUGGAAUUUGUUGUUACUGGUGUCUCGAACGCACCAAAAAUGUGUCCGCCUCCAUCGGCUGUUCAAGAGAGGAAAAAAAAAAAAAAGGUCUACUGUGCCCCAGUUGGAAGUGUGUACACUAAAGCACUUACAUUCACAAUACCGAAAGAAAAUUCCAUAUGGGUGUCACUGCUGGAGGUAAACGAAGUUGGACGUGUCUCACCGUGACGCUAAAGCUCCAUAGCUGCAGCUUUCGUCAGACUGCCAAAGGUGUCUUCUCCGGGCCCUCUCGAAAAGUCACUGAUUUAUUUAUUCUUAUUUAUUCUUUUCUUAUUUUUCCUGAUAUGUUUAAAAAGAAGAAAAAAAAAGAACUUGUUACAUUGUCGCAUCAUCACAUUUUUGCAGUUUUUAACGGUCAACGAAUGGGAGGAAUGUAGCCUACGGUGGCGCUUGAUUGAGAGCAAAGAGGUAACAGUGCACUUAAAUUGACCUUUAUGCCAUUUGUAGUCAUUUGGAAGAAAAAGAAAAACGGG